AUGGAGAGAGGUCUUUUUCUCCUCUUCUAUUGAAUCUCAGAGUUGGCCGUGACGCGCGGCCCAGGGGGAAGACCACAUAGAUCUCACCAGAAUGCAACGACCAUCGAGGUUUCUUACCCGACGACUUGUGUAUGGGAAUCACUUUGCGCACUACGCUUUUUGAGAGAACCCUACUUUUUGUGUGUGGAAGAGACACGGUGAAUGCGGUGAAAGCGGCGGAGACCUCCGGAUCGCGAAAUGUUGGGAUGGAAGGCGCAGACUUUGACUCGCCGUCUCCAACAGGAGUAUGAAGUCCUACUUCGCGGGUGUGAGAUCUCCGAGAGUGAAACUCCGUUGCCUUGGGAUAUCGCUGCACGCUUUCGGGGAGGUACUCUAAAGUGGGAAACGGUCUCGCAGUCCCCGCAACAUGGCCUCGGCUGCUAAUGCGCCCUCCGAGCAGGAAAACAGAGACCCCGAUCGGCCGAGGAUAACGCGGAGGAACAGGGGGGACUAUACCCGCAACGCACCGCUGGAUUUGGAGUAUUUGCAGCGGCCGAGUUACUGCGACGCGAGCUUUGCUUUGGAGCAAAUAACCCAGGGGAAGGCGACUGGGAGGAAAGCACCUCUAUGGCUGAGGGCGAAGUUCCAGAGACUUUUAUUCAGGCUGGGCUGUUACAUACAAAAGAACUGCGGAAAGUUUUUGGUCGUGGGCCUUAUGAUUUUUGGAGCCUUCGCCGUGGGCUUAAGGGCAGCUAAUUUGGAGACGGACGUGGAGAAACUCUGGGUGGAAGUCGGCGGGCGCGUGAACCGGGAACUGACGUACACGCGGCAGAAUAUAGGCGAGGAGGCCAUGUUCAACCCUCAGCUGAUGAUCCAGACGCCGCGGGAGGACGGAGCCAAUAUUUUAACGGUGGACGCGCUCCUGCAGCACCUGGAGUCGGCCAUCCGAGCCAGCAGAGUUCAUGUUUACCUUUAUAACAGACAAUGGAAAUUAGAAAACCUAUGCUACAAAUCAGGAGAACUAGUCACAGAAACUCAUUAUAUUGAUCAGGUCAUUGAAAAGCUUCAUCCCUGCCUCAUCAUCACCCCUUUGGACUGUUUCUGGGAGGGAGCCAAGCUCCAGUCUGGAAUGGUCUAUCUCCCAGGUAAAGACCCUUUGCAAUGGACCAACUUUGACCCCAAGGAGUUCCUUGAGGAUUUGCGAAGGGUGAAUUUUCCCGUGGAAAGCUUUAAGGACAUGUUGGAAAAGGCAGAUGUUGGACACGGCUACAUGGAUAGACCCUGCCUUAACCCUGCCGACCCUGACUGCCCCCUCACUGCGCCCAAUAAGAACUCAACAAAGCCAAUCAACGUGGCGCGGGCCCUGAGCGGCGGCUGCCAUGGUCUGUCCAAGAAGUACAUGCACUGGCAGGAGGAACUGAUCGUGGGAGGGACCACCAAGAACGGCAGCGGACCCCUGCUCAGUGCCCAGGCCUUACAGACCAUGUUCCAGCUGAUGACUCCCAAGCAGAUGUUUGAGCACUUUCGGGGCUACGAGGAGGUUUCCCACAUCAACUGGAAUGAAGAAAAGGCUGCAGCUAUACUAGAAGCCUGGCAGAGGAAAUACUCUGAGGCGGUGCUGCAGAGUGUGGCAGCAAACUCGUCUCAGAAGGUCUUGUCUUUCACCAGCACCACUCUGGAAGAUAUUCUCAAGUCUUUCUCCGACGUCAGUGUCAUCCGUGUGGCCAGUGGAUACCUGCUGAUGCUGGCCUAUGCGUGUCUGACCAUGCUACGGUGGGACUGUGCCAAGUCUCAGGGGGCUGUAGGGCUGGCGGGUGUCCUGCUGGUGACACUGUCUGUGGCAGCCGGCCUGGGCCUCUGCUCUCUCCUGGGCAUCUCCUUCAAUGCUGCCACCACACAGGUGCUCCCUUUCUUGGCUCUGGGUGUUGGAGUGGAUGACGUCUUCCUCCUCGCCCAUGCCUUCAGUGAGACCGGACAGAACAAGAGGAUCCCAUUCGAGGACCGUACGGGGGAGUGCCUGAAGAGGACCGGGGCCAGCGUGGCUCUCACCUCCAUCAGUAACGUCACAGCUUUCUUCAUGGCAGCCCUCAUCCCCAUCCCGGCGCUCAGAGCCUUUUCUCUACAGGCUGCAGUGGUGGUGGUGUUCAACUUUGCCAUGGUGCUGCUCAUCUUCCCCGCCAUCCUCAGCAUGGACCUCUACCGACGCGAAGACAGGCGGUUCGACAUUUUCUGCUGCUUCUACAGCCCAUGUGCCAAUCGUGUGAUCCAGAUCGAGCCCCAUGCGUACCUGGAUGGUGCUGACGGGAGUCCCUGCAGCCCUCCCCCGUCCUAUUGUACCCCUCCUCCCUCAUAUCGCACGCCUCCGCCGAGCUACAGCAGCCCCCCUCCCUCCUACAGCAGCCACGGCUUUGCCCAGCAGACCCAAAUUACCAUGCAGUCCACAGUGCAGCUCAGGACGGAGUACGACCCCCGGACUCAGGCCUUCUACACCACGGCUGAGCCCAGGUCCCAGAUCUCCGUGCAGCCCAUGAACCCAGCUCCGACGAGGAGCAACCCCAACAACGACUAUUACAGCAGCAACGCCAGCGGCAGCAGGAGCAGCAGCAGCAAUCACGGCAAUAACAACAACAACAGCAGCGGGAGCCGAAGUAACGGGGGAUCUCGAGGUUCUGCCACCUUCUCCCAUCACCACCCUGCUCCUCCUCCUCCUCCUCCUCCUCCUCCUCCUGCUGCCCCGACUUUAAGUGCCAGCUCAGCUCCUCAGGGGGAUUCGACUGGCCAGGGCCCAGAGAACAACAGCUCCACACGGGACCUGCUGUCCCAGUACGGAGAGGGCUCGUUGGGCCUGCGCUGCCUUGGGCCAUCCUGUUCCCGCUGGACCCUGUCCUCUUUUGCAGAGAGGCACUAUGCACCGUUCCUUCUGCAGCCCACCACCAAGGUGGUGGUGAUUGUGCUGUUCCUCUGCCUGCUGGGAGUCAGUCUCUACGGGACCACCCAGGUGAGGGAUGGCCUGGAGUUGACGGACAUCGUGCCCAGAGAGACCAGCGAGUACGACUUCAUCGGUGCCCAGUUCAAGUUCUUCUCCUUCUACAACAUGUACGUGGUGACGCAGCGGGCCGAUUACGCCCAGAAACAGCCUCUGCUGUACCAGCUCCACCAGAGGUUCCACACUGUUCGCUACGUGCUGAAGGAGGACAACGGGCAGCUGCCCCGCAUGUGGCUUCACUACUUCAGGGACUGGCUGCAAGGUCUCCAGCAGGCAUUUGAGAAGGACUGGGAGGCCGGCCGCAUCACCUUCAACAGCUACAGGAAUGGCUCCGAUGACGGCGUUCUUGCAUACAAGCUGUUGGUGCAGACAGGACGCAGGACGCCCAUCAACUUCAACCUGCUGACUCGUCAGAGGCUUGUGGAUGCAGAUGGGAUCAUCAACCCCGCGGCUUUCUACAUCUACCUGACCGCCUGGGUCAGCAAUGAUCCUGUGGCGUACGCUGCCUCGCAGGCCAACAUUCGCCCGCACCCUCCUGAGUGGUUCCACGACCGUACCGACUCCAUGCCCGAGACACGCCUCAGCAUCCCGGCUGCUGAGCCAAUCGAAUACGCACAGUUCCCCUUCUACCUCAACGGGCUCCGGGAGACGCCGCAGUUUGUGGAGGCCAUCGAGAGCGUGCGGGCUAUCUGCAGCAACUACAGCCGACAAAGCCUGCCCUCCUACCCCAAUGGCUACCCUUUCCUGUUCUGGGAACAGUAUGUUAGUCUGCGCCACUGGCUCCUGCUGUCCAUCAGUGUCGUGCUCGCCUGCACCUUUCUGGUCUGUGCCCUCUUCCUGCUCAACCCGUGGACCGCCGGCAUCAUAGUGUUGGUGCUUUCUCUCAUGACUGUGGAGCUGUUUGGCUUCAUGGGGCUGAUGGGAAUCAAGCUGAGUGCUGUCCCUGUGGUCAUUCUCAUCGCCUCUGUGGGCAUUGGAGUGGAGUUCACCGUCCAUGUAGCCCUGGCGUUUCUAACAGCUAUAGGGGAUCGUCACAGGCGGGCGGUGCUGGCAUUGGAGCACAUGUUUGCUCCGGUGCUCGAUGGAGCCUUCUCCACCUUAUUAGGUGUCCUAAUGCUCGCUGGCUCUGAGUUCGACUUUAUUGUCAGGUAUUUCUUUGCAGUGUUGGCCAUUCUAACAGUACUUGGAGUACUGAAUGGACUGGUCCUUCUUCCAGUAUUACUGUCAUAUUUUGGGCCCUAUCCAGAGGUGACUCCAGUCGAUGGUCGUAGCCAGUUGCCCACUCCGUCCCCAGAGGCCCCUCCUCACGUGGUCCACUUCUCAGUUCGUCCUCACCACACCACCACCACCUCUGGUGCAGCCUCAGACUCGUCGGACUCGGAGUACAGCUCGAACACCACAGCGUCCGGUAUCAGCCAGGAGAUGCAGAACUACAACCUGCCCUCACACAGAGGACAGACUCGAGCGGAGGAGCAGCAGUACCGCCUCCAGGCCAGCAGGGGCAGAGCGGCCAGGACAGAGGAGGAUAGGCGAGCAGGGUCGGGGCAUAGGCGCUCAGCCAGACAGCCUGAGCCUCCUACCUAUACUGUGUCUUUGUCCUCUCAGGGUUGUGAUUCUGGGCCCCAGCCUGGGACCACUCACCGUAACAGCAGCAGGGACCCCAAGAGCCAGCUGCACUGGCAGGCCCCGCCCCCAGCCCGCCCACGCAUGGACGCUUUUGAAACUGCUACUGAGGCUGGGGGCCAUUAUGGCUCACACGGCCAUAGAGAACACUCAGCAGGCCACAGAGCCCGCUCUUCCCACAACCCACAGCCUAAUCACCACCUCCCGCACCACCGCCCCAACCCCACCCCGUAUCGCCAACCCAUCACCACGGUAACGGCAUCAGCCUCCGUCACUGUCGCCGUCCACCCGGCUCCCUUGUCCAACCAGGGCCCCCACGCUCCCUCUUACCCAGGAUACACUGCAACAGACAGUCACUGCCCAUCAGGGACGGAGGGCCCGGAGCCUGCCUUCCAGGACCCACAUGUGCCCAUGGACACCCACACGGGGGCCCGAGGGGUCAACGUGGAGGCCAUGGAGCUGCAAGACUUGGAGUUUGAGGCAGCUGACAGCAACAGUGGCAGACGGGCAAGCUGAGUUGUGGAGAACGGAAGUACAACGGCCAAAGAUGGACUCCUCUGUAUUACUAAGCAGAUGACCCGGCCUGGCUCAGUCCAGCCCAGCAUAGCUCAGCAUAGCUCAGCUCGCCUCGCCUCUUGGCCCCAAGCAGCGAGAAACUCGCCAGUGUUGCCGUCAUGGUGCUCAUUCUUACUGUAACCCAGUGGACUAUUGUCUUAGAUAUUUCUAUCUAUAUUUAAAAGAUGUAUACAUAUGUAAAUAUGAACAAAAUGUAGCUAUAAUUUUAGGAGCUGUACAACUCCUCAUAACAGACUGGGGCUGCCAUUUUUAUAUGGUGUGUGUGUGUGAGUGUGUGAGUGUGUGUGUGUGUGUGUUUAUGUGAGAUAGAGAUAGAUCUCUGAUAAUUGCUCACUCAUCUGUGGAUCUGUGCCAUUAGGAAGCUUCAUCUAGACAAAAAUACCUGUCAGCAUUCACUGUUGCUGCUCGAAAUAUUUUUUUUAAAUAAUAUACAUUUAUAACUCUAUGCAAAUGUCUCUUUAAACAAAAGAAGUGAUCGGUCUUGUGUUGGUGUGUGUGUGUGUGUGUGUGUGUGCGUGUGUGUGUGUGUGUGUGUGCGCGCGUCUAUAGUCGUUGAGUGUAGGGCUGUAUGAUGUGAAACAGCCCCAUUAUCUUCUGGCUUAUACAUCGGAUACAUCCUCAGAACAGACUAACAUUUACACUCAUUUAAACAUGAGGGAAAUUGUUAGAAUAAUCAAACAGGCAUAUAUAUAUAUAUAUAUAUAUAUAUGUGUGUGUGUGUGUGUGUGUGUGUGUGUGUGUGUGUGUGUGCGCGCGCGCAUGCGUUUAUAUGUGUGUGUUCAUUAUUGUAUAAAGGUACGCAUGUUAAACUAUUAAUUUUUAUCACAAACCUGUGGUAGUUAUGAAACAAUUACUGUUUAACUUGACACGCUAUGCGUGCUAUUUAAGACGAGCAGAUAUGAAGAAAUUUUAAAAGGUGUUUUUGUUUUGUUCUUUUAGUUAUCGCCUCUGCAUUGGAACCUGUUUCAGCUCUCAGCUUUGCAUCACUGUCUGUUAGGCUGCUCUCUGGUCGUAUUUUACUGUAAGAGGUUAUGUAUCGUUUAACCCUAGCAGGCUGAAAGCAGGUCCUGUCUUGUAUACUGACAUACGAGCGGUAAACCCACCUCAGAAACUCACUCUGCCGUUACAGGGACAUUCACAUUUCUGAUUCUGGAACAGGGUCAACACGGGGCACUAACUCUGUGUCUCGUGGAUAAGCUAAAACUCAGACUGUAUACUGUAAAACCAGAUUCAACAUAGCACUUGACUGUAUUUAAACUUCACCCGCAGGAAUAUCUUGCCUCGAGUAGCUCUUUAUUUCUGUCCAAUCAAUAAGCUAGCCCACGCAGCCUGCUAAGGGAUAAGCCCGAUAUGGCCUGACAAUGUGCUCUAUGCAUGUCUCAAUGUAUGGUAUAUGUGUGUAUAGACAUUCAUGUGUGUGUGCUGGUGCAUCCUCUCACUCUACCUUGGCUCUUCUUUAGUAACAAUAAAGACAACUGGCCCCAAUUUGGCCUCAGCCGUCCCGACUGACCUCAGCUAAUAAAAAUCCACAACAUAACGCCAUGACACUAAUUAGACGUCCCCCCCCUCAACUGCCAAAUGGCACAGCCCAGAGCCUCAGGGGUCAGAGUUUACACUGCCAGCCCCUCUCUCUACCAGCAAUGGCCAGUUUGUAUAUGUGUCUAUGUCAGCACACAUAUCUGUAACCCCCCCUUACGUUCCAGACCCAGGGCCCUUUGACCCUGUCAUUCACCCCCUCCACACCUGAUUGCCUCCAAUUUUUUUUUUUUACACUCUCACUUCCUGUUGAACACAUGUAGCUCUUCCCAGAAGUCUUUGCAGUUUUCCUCCCUCUGUCCACCACGUUACUUCAGCUGCUUGCAUGAAAUAGGUUGUUCUGUUUGUUUUUUCGUUUUGUUUCCUCCCAAUGUCACAUUGGCAGUAGAGGAGAGAAUCAUAGCUGGCAACUAUUUUAUUCAUUUUUAAAUGUUUUUUUUUGUUUGUUUCUGUUUUCAACGUUCAAUUGCGAUAUUUAUAUUUUUGUAAUAUAAAAUGUUUUGUUUUUUCUUUCAUUAUUGUCGUGAUGCCAGUGGAUAACAAAUGCAGGGAUUUUUAUGUCUAUUGAAAAAAAAAAAAACACUAUUACAGUUUAAUGUUUUUACAUUAAUGGAGUCUGAUCUGUAUAAAGUGCUUACUAAUGUUAAAUAGGAAAAAAAGAGUAUAUAACAUUUUACACUACAGGUCUCAUCAUAGCUCUUAGAGGAUUUUAAAAGGAAAAAAAAAAAUCAGUGGUUCUUCCAGACUGCCAUUUUGGUCUCGGUUGGCGUGGAUGUAUGCUGUUUUCAGUUACAAAGAUAAAUGUAUGCCAUAUAAUUUAUUUAUAUGAAAAUUUAUUUUUGUAGUGUACAUAGUAGUUGUCAAGGUAUUUGACAGAAGUAUAUUUUUAAAGAGUUUAUAUGUAAUGAUAUACCAUAACAGAAAAAAACAACCUUAAGGUGCACACUUUCACUGCUAACUGUCUUGUGAGACAACAUCUACACCUCCCCUUCAGUAUUAUGUUCCGAUCCUUGGAGAGACAGCUGUUUCUAUGAGUUUGUCAAAGGCUAGCCAUGAAAGUAGAAAAUUGUACUAGCUCUCUAAAUAUUAAUGUUCAAACACUGAUAGAAUUCUAACAAAUAAAAAUAUUAUAACUUAUUUGUCUCUUUGUUCAUAACUUUAAUAAAUGGAAACUUAAAACGA